AUGACUCCCCAUUACUACAAUGUCUACGUGCAAGCCUCGUACAAUAGGUCACGUCCCGCGACGACUGCAGAUGGAUAUACAUUCUCCUCUACGUAUACUCCGCGUCAAGAUUGGACGCCAGCAAACAAACCUCUCCCAAACCCCUCUGCAGACCAUGCUCGCCCAUUACCACUCGUCGGAAAGCGAGUAGUGACUGAUCCAUUGAAACAUGGCAGCUGGUAUCAGCCUGGCAACUUUCGAUGUCAAAGGCAAGGCUGCCCAUUCACGGGUUCAAAAAAGUCGGUCGAGAUUCACAUGAUGGAUCGUCACUUUAUUUUCCCGCCUGGAUGGGACAAGAAUAAGAAAGACGACUGGGACGCUGAUCCUAGCCUGAAAGGGAAACCUAUCCCGAUUCAAGGAACAUCUCUCUUACUAAAUACACCAGAAGCUGUUGAUGCCUGGAUAACCGAACGACGAAAGCGGUUUCCGACCUCUGAACGAGUGGAAGAGAAAAAACGCAAGAUUGAGGAAGCUAUUGCCCGAGGACAGCUGACACCUGAAGAUAUGGGAAUGGGUAGAAGAAAAAGGCGUAGAGAUAAUCAUCCGACAGACGGCCUGUCCGCAGAUCGGGGAAAGCGUUCUAAAAGAGGCAUUGGAAGCAGACAAGGUCCUUCGGGCAGGCGAGAUGGGGUCCCACCAACCGUGAAUGCCAGGGAAUCUACGGAUUCAGCGUUUGUCGCACCGGAUGAGCUUCCUCAACAGAUCCAUGUGAACGCCGACACCGACUCUGGAGAUGAGCCACCGGAGGAAACAACAUCUAGAGCACCUCCAGAUUGCGACCUCGAUUCUAAUCUCAACAGAACGGAAGUGUUAUCCGUUGCGCCAGCAAAGCUACUCCGAGCCCCCCCUCAAGCAAAGAAACCGCCAAGGACUCCAUUCAUGUCCAGGCCAGAUCUACUACGUAAUCUACUGUUACCCGAAAUACGAAUCACUGUUUCAAAUUUAUCUCAAGCCAUCCGAUUUUUAGUCGACAAUGACUUCCUUCAAGAGGUGGAGCCAUCUCCCGGUGAAGGACGGGAAAGGAUGAUUGAAGUCGUCGCAAGUAAUAAUGGGACCACAACCGACAAGGGGGACCAAGCAGUCCAUUCGUCUGGUUAA